CACAGGUCAAAUAAAAUAUUAGCUAGUGGCUCCUCUAAAUUGCCCCCACAAUUCUACUUUAUCCUCUCAUCGUGGAACAACUCACAAAUUCGAUAAACUAUUAUAAGCACACUAUGAAUGCUCAUGCAAUAUUUUCUUCUUUUAGGAAGAGAUCAAGCUCGUACAUCCAAGUACAGACACGAGGCACUGAGACUCUCCUUCCAUGAAAUCGCCUCGCCAUUUAUUAAUUACUGGCCUUUUUAGACCAGUCCAUCUUUGACUGCUGAUUUAUUUCCAACAAAUUUCUCUAGAUUGAAUCUGUAUCUUAAUGGCUCUGAUCAGUAUCUCAACAGUAUUACUUGCUAUUCAUAUCGUAUCACAGUGUCUUACAGUGUCAUCUGUAAGCUUCGAACUAGAGGGCAAUACCCAAGUUCAGCUCGAUGGUGAUGCCAAGUUUAUGGGUGGAAAAGUAUUCCAACUUACAGACAGCUCAAAUGGUCUAAAUGGGGGAAGUGUAGGCAGAGUAGUUUACAAUAAUACAAUUCCGCUUGGCAAUUCCAACUUCACCACGCAUUUUCAAUUCCAGAUCAACUGGACUCGUGACAACGGGGAUAAUCGAUCUGAUAUUGGUGGCGAUGGAUUUGCUUUCUUCAUGGCAUCUCCGGUUUCUGGUUUUCACGUCCCGUACAGAGGAGAUGCGGGAUGGCUUGGCCUUUUUAACGAGCAGAAUAAUGGUAAAUUAUCCAACUACCUAGUAGCUGUUGAAUUCGACACAUAUAAAACUGCGCCCUGGGAUUCAAAUGACAAUCACAUUGGAAUUGAUGUCAACAACAUUAUGUCUGAAGUCUCUAUUCCUCUAGCUCAAAGAUUGACUAACAAUAAGAUAUGGGAUGCUAGGGUAGAUUACCGUGGCCAAGAAAAUAUGUUGACAGUGUCUUGUGGAUCAGAGGGCCAAGUAGCAGGCAACUUGUCAUAUAACAUAAAUUUGACAAGAUAUCUUCCUCCAGAUGUUGUGGUGGGGUUUUCAGCUGCAGCCCGUACUUCAAGCGAGGUUCAUCGACUAAUUUCUUGGAACUUCAGUAGCGUUAUUUCUGGUUCAUCAGAAAUAAAACCAUCUACAAACACUAGUGUUAUUUCUGGCUCCUCAGAAAUAAAAUCUUCCAAGAAGAGGAAAGUUUGGGGGAAAGUAGGUAUAGCAGUUGGCUCUGUCGUUUUGGUUGCAGUGAUUUUGAUGUCCUUCGUUAUUUGGCGAAUGAAAAAGAAAUAUCAUCGCAUGGAAGAGGAAGAGCAGCUUGAUAUGGAUAUAGUGCUGGGACAUGUUCCGCGGAAAUUUGCAUAUGCUGAACUUGUUUCAAGCACAAGUAAUUUCAGCGAGGAAAACAGGCUUGGGCGAGGAGGAUUCGGGGACGUGUACAAAGGUAUUUUGGCGAGAAGUAACGAAAUAGUUGCAGUGAAGAGAGUAUCUGCAGGAUCAAAGCAAGGGAAAAAGGAGUACCUUGCAGAAAUAAGCACAAUCACCCGCAUCAGGCAUCGCAAUUUGGUUCAGCUGUUGGGGUGGUGCCAUGAGAAAGGCCAGCUGCUUUUGGUGUACGAAUACAUGCCCAAUGGUAGUUUGGACAAUUUCCUUUUUGGUAAAAGGAGAGGGGAACUGGAAUGGAGCCGCAGAUAUAGAAUUGGGAUUGACAUAGCCCGUGCACUGCUUUAUCUUCAUGACUUAUGUGAAGAAUGUGUAGUGCACAGAGACAUCAAAUCCAGCAAUGUUUUGCUCGAUUCUGAAUUUAAUGCGAAGCUGGCGGAUUUUGGAUUGGCACGCCUGGUGAAACAUGAUGAAUGGCUCCAAACAACCAAGAUAGCAGGCACUUUGGGGUACCUGGCACCUGAAUGUGCAGUCACAGGAAUAUCUAGCAUAGAGUCAGAUGUGUUCAGCUUUGGUGCAGUUGCUUUGGAAAUAGCCUGUGGAAGGUCCGCACUAGAUCAUAGCCUCGAAAGCCCAGAAACACGGCUUGUGGAAUGGGUUUGGGAGUUGUAUGGUGAAGACAGGUUGCUUGAUGCAGCGGAUAAAGAUUUACUUGGGGUGUUUGAGAGAGCAGAAUUGGAACAGCUGAUGAUGAUAGGAUUAUGGUGUUCUCAUCCAGAUCCUCUUACAAGACCCAAAAUAAGGCAGGUGCUUCAGCUUUUGAACUUUGAAGUGACUAUGCCUCGUCUACCCAGCACACUGCCUAAAUAUUCUCCUCUGGAACAAGGUUUCUCUUCAGAUUUUGUUGCUCGUGCAGAUUCGGGUUCUACCAAUGUAGUGAGCACUUCCAGGCAGGAGACAAAGUCAACGAAUUCUGGCAAGUCAGUAAGUUGAGUGCUCUAAUGAUUUUGUAUUUGGGUUAUUUGUGCUAAAUAAAUUUCCGAACUGGUAUCUUAUCAGCUGUUCCGUAAAGUUCAGAACUCGUGUGUCGUAUAUUUCUCUUUGACAGUUCCCUCUGUUGUUUUUGGACGGAUUUUAGCGAUCUGAUUGAUUCUUCUUCUUCUUUGUAAUGCCUGGAAAUCGACAGUUUUAUUGCAUGUAUCAUGCACCUUAUAUGCUUUUUCUGGGUACAAAAACAUAUGAUAAAAAUUCAGUUUUUAUUGGCUUUGA